UUUUAAUGAAUAUUUAUAAUUAUGCUGGAUAAGUUCCCUGUGGCAAAGUCCUCCAUGACCUGCAGGACCAUGAGAGAUCUGCUGUGAGUCUGAGCUGAUAAAGAAUUCCGGCUUUUUGAUACCUCCAGUUCUGCCAGGGAGUUCACUCUAGAUGAUUUUGGUAUCGGGGACUGGGGGAACUCGAGGGGGACACUUGGGUGGGGACACAGGACUGUGGGACUGGGAUUGCAGCGCUGGGUGGAUACUGGGGGAGUCACAGGACUGGGAAUGGGGUCAUGGGGUGUUCUGGGGGAAACUGAGGAAGGACACAGUAUGGUGGGGGUGGGACUGGGGUCAUGAGGGGGCCAGGAGACACUGGGGGGCCUGGAUUUGGGUUGAGGUCCUGGGGUGAUGCUGAGGAAAUUUGGGACUGGGAGUGGGAUUGGGGUGUGGGGACAGGCCGAGGGGGACACUGGGGGGCUCAGGGAGUGACCCCAGUAUUUAGAUCAGGUUCCUGGAGGUCUGGGGGGAGUUGUAAUCAUGGGAGUAGCAUUGGGCUUCUGGAGGGCGUAGGAGAACGUGGUGUGGGAUUGGGGGCCCUGGGGGGCUGGGGGCUUUGGGGGGGGGCAUAAGUAACCCCAGGAUUUGGGAUCAGGGACCCCGGACAUGUCCAGGGGUCUGGUGGCCAGGAGUGCCUCCCUUCGCCCUGGACUGACCCCUCCCCAGUCCCUCACUGAGGAACCCUCCCCUCGUCUCCUCCGUGUCCCCUCUGUGUCCCCAGUGUCCCACACUGGUCCCUGUGGCCUCUCCCCUCCAUGGCCCCCUUGGCUCAGACCCUGGCACUGCUGGCAAUGGCCGUGGCCACCGUGGCUGUUGAUGUGGUGACCCUGGACAUGGCCCAGAACUCCUUUGAUGACCAGUACCAAGGCUGCGGCCCUGCCAUGACUGCAGCAUUGCCGGCCCUCAACCGCUCCGAGUUCCAGCAGAACAAAAAGUUUGCCCAGGUCUGGCUGAAGGCUGCAGCUGAGUGGCAGAGUCGGGGGUCCCCCGUGUCCCCUCUGUCCUCUCCAUCCCAGGCCGUCGCCCUCAUGGCCUACACCAUGGAUGACCUGUACGAGGAGUUCAACAAGGCCGUGCGCACGGCUGGAAGCUCCAGCCAGGAAUACCGGAACAACUUCCACUUCAAAACGCUGCAUUUCCUGCUGACCGACGCCCUGGAGACGCUGAGGGACACUCCGGAACAAAACUGUUUGGAGGUGGGCUGGGUGGUGUGCGGGAUUCAGUUCAAGGCCCAGAGUGGCGACACCGUCCGAUUCGGUCAAUUCAUGUCGACGUCAAUGAGCAGGCCAUCUGCCCAGUGCUUGGAGCCGAGCACUCUGUUCUUGGCUCGCACGUGCCACGGCGUGGACAUCCAGAAAUUCUCCUACUAUCAUAGUGAGAAGGAGUUGCUGAUCCCACCAUUUGAAACCUUCACGGUCGUCCAAACCAUCUGGGACGGGAAGACGCAAUAUAUCAUGCUCUAUUCCAACGGGCUGAAAAGCAACUACAACUGCGAGUGGCUGAAAGGUGGGAGCAUCCCCAUGGCCCCCUUCCACCUUGGAGGACUCCUCCUGGCUACCACGGCUCUGGCAGUGGCCACUGGGACCCUCUGAGCCACGAGGCCACCAAGGUCACUGAGGUCACUGCGGUCACUGUGGCCACCAUGGCCACCAAGACCACCAUGACCCCCAGAGAAACGAGGUCACCAAGGCUGCCAAGGCCACGACUGCCACUAUGGACAGCUUGGCAGCUAAUGCCACCAUGAGGUAACUGGGGCCACCACUGUCACUCUGGCCCCCAUGGUCGCAAUAACCACCAAGGCUACUGUGGCCACCAUGUUCACCAAGACUCCCUGAGCCACAAGGCUACCACAGGCACUGUGGCUACCAAUACAAUUUUGCAAAGAAAUUUUAUUAAAUUAUUCUAUAAAACCAA